GUUGACGUUGAAGAUGUGACGACGCCCUUACGCCCAUCAUACACUCGGCCGUCCGAGUCCGACUCGACCUUCUCCGUCGUACUUGUCGGCGUAAUAUCACAAUUCCAUGUGACCUCGAGAAAUAUUAUCGUAUACAGUUAUUUCUGGUCCAAGCCCUCGAAUUUCGGUUUGAAUUCGAGGGUGAUUUCUUUGGAUUACCUUGGCUUCAAAUGUUUAAGCGCCCUCUAUCUUUCCCAUCCCCGGCCAAUCCGGCAGCCGACAAUCCGACUCCAUCCGUGUCUAUCGCCAAAUCCUGUGCUUGUACCCCCCACAAACGGUUUUCAUAUCAUGUCUUCCGACUGGGACCCGCUAGCCUUGCACCCGCCUUCUCAUUCGGAAGAACUCAAAGUGUCUUUCCCUCAAGAACAUGUCAUGCUUAUGGCACUCAACCGUCCGAGGCACCUCAACGCCAUGACACCUCGACUUACCACCAGCAUAGCUACCAUUUUAAAUUGGUUUGAUGAGGAACCCUCUCUGUGGGUAGUGAUCGUAACGGGCGAAGGCCGUGCUUUCUGUGCAGGAGCCGACUUGAAGGCCUGGCUUCACAAUCAGUCAAGUGGCACGGCAAAUGAACAAGAAAGUGUGGCUUCUUCCGUGCACGGAUUUGCAUCUAUCUCGCGUCGGCAUACUUCGUGCAAGCCUAUGAUCGCCGCAGUGAACGGGUCGGCUUACGGUGGCGGUGUCGAAAUGAUAUUAAAUUGCGAUAUGGUCAUCGCAAGCGAAGACGCCGUGUUCGCACUUCCCGAAGUCAAGCGUGGUGUACUAGCGUCACAAGGAGUUAUUCCCAGGUUAGGGAGAGUUGCGGGACAUCAGCUUGCUUCUGAGAUGUUGCUCUUGGGAAAUACCAUCACUGCCAUUCAAGCUAGAGACAGAUUUCGUUUUGUCAACCUCGUCGUCGAAAAGUCGGCCGUUGUACCUACUGCUCUGGACAUCGCACGACAGAUCACCAUGAACUCCCCCGACUCCGUACAGAGUUCAAAGGAAGGUCUUGUACUUGCGCAGAAACACCAUUUCGAAGAAGCUGUACAAACUCACUCAAUGAGUCUCGUGAGUAAACGCCUGUACCACGGCGCGAAUAUCAGGGAGGGCCUGGCGGCUUUCUCGGAGGUAUAUUGCACAGGUUAUGACAUUUAAAAUCAAAUUGACGUGUUCUUUCCGUUCGCUCUUCCGCAGAGACGCAAACCUAGGUGGUCGAAUCCCGCGAAACUAUGACAUGGUUGAUUGUUGAUCCAGGAUAUUUAAAAGGUUAUAGUGUAUACAAAUGUGUUAUCUCUGGUACAUAAGCACCUGUGUGAUCGCUUGAUGACCCUCGAGACCUGAGUUCGAGAAUUUUGCGAUGCCAAAGAUGGAUGUGCCUGGUACCCCUGGAUGACCCGAAGA